CGUGUGUGUGAAUUUAAUUUUUACGCUACUUUAUGGUAUGGAAAUUUCUUUUCUCUGAUCGUAGAUUGUUAAGAAAAAAUUAUCAACAUGGCUGGAGAAACUGCUUUAGCGAGACAGCUCAAGAAAUUAGCUGUUCCUCAAUCAAAUUUGCUUAUUCAAGACAAAUUAAGAAAGUCUUUCUUAUUUGACUAUCGAGAUGCUGCUAGUUUGGGUCGAGAUGAAAUAUUUGCUUAUGGAACAAAUGGACUAGAAAAACUUAAAUUGUCCAAUCCAAUGUUUUCAAAAUUCGAACAGAAUCUAUUUCAUGUUACUUACAAGGAAAUGGAACGAUCUGUUCAAACCGCUAGCGUCAAUAAGAAAUUGGAUGAAAAGAUAACUGAAUUUCUUCGAAUGCUGUCGCCGCUUGUUACAUUUAGAGCUGCCCAUGAAGCAUUGGAGUGGCUGAUAUAUCGAUUCCAUAUCCAUCUGUAUAAUACAGAUGAUCUAAUGGCUUGUGCUUUACCUCACUACUACUCUUCUACAUUUGUUCGUAUUGUGCAACUUCUAGAUCUUAAUGAUCCAAACUGUCGAUGGUCUUGGCUAUUAUCUGUGCAAAAAUCUGGCGUUCCACUUGAAAAGUCGGCAAUUUUGAAUCGUAUCAAUGGUGAUAGAGGUUUCAAAAAAUUUAUCUGUGAUAUGGUUCCCAAUAGCUUAAAAGUUUUCAAAAGCUGUGAAUCUCUUGCAAAUCCAGUUGUCUCUUUCGCUAUGCUGUCCGUCUACGAAGCUCUAUGCAAAUGUGAAUACGUAACUGAUAGCAUGGUCACUUUUUUGUUUCCAUACAUUUCGGAAGGUCUUAAAUCCGGUCAUUAUGAUUGCAUGUGUUCAUCAUAUUUAAUUAUAUCAGCAAUUGUAAUGAAAGUAAAGUUAGCAGAUAUAGUGCUUUUUGAAUUAAUGACUAAAGUUUUUGAAAAUUUUAAACCUGAAUUAGCAACAGAAGCAUUUGAAUUAUUGGUACUGAUAUUCCAACAGCAGUCAGUAAAAAAGAUGCCAAAUAAAUUUUUGAAAUUAUUAAUCUCUAUUGAAGAUUAUAUGGAUCAUUUUGUAUAUAUGUCAGAACAUUAUGAUGUUUCAUCUCUGAUUAGAGCAAUUAUCAAGAAGGCUGUACCAUACACAUUAAGUUCAGAGUUACGUAAACCUUCUUUAAAGAAAUGUAAGAACUCAACAAUGUUUUGCAUAGUUUUAGUGAAAUCUCUAAAACUGAAUGAAAAGAAUGUUGUUAUUUUUGUUAAAUUAAUUCUGAAAAUCUAUUUGAAGCUGCAAAGUAAAACGGAACGGAAUGGAAAGUCAAUGGAAAGGGUAGCUAAAAUGCUUUUAGCAAGCUUAGAAAAUAAAUACCCAGAAUAUUUUGAUAAAGCUGUAGAAAUCUAUUUUAAAAAGGAAAAUGGGAAGCAUAAAAACAAAAUUUGUAAAUUAAUUAAUGAAUCAGUUAGUAGUUUGAAAAAUAAAGUGGUUGUUGAUACUCAAACCACUUUGGUUCUGGGUGUUAAUCAUGCAAAUGCUCAUAUUAGGAAGAGUUCAAUGAGAUAUCUGUUAAAACAAGCAGCGUUAGGGCAAAUUUCUGAUGUGAGCUUUAUUGAGAGCACACUUUAUGACAGAUUAAGUGAUGAUUGCCCUCAUGUUGUAUUGGAAGUCUUGGCCUCUCCUCAAAUUCUAUUGGACUUUAUUGAUAAGCAGAAACUUCUUGUGGCUUUUGAGCAAAUUUUUAAAAGAAAAAUCAAUAGGAAAUCGGAUUGGUAUCAAGUGCAAAUGAAAUGUUUGGAUAUAAUAUGUGAAUAUUAUCUCAAUGACGGCCAUUUAGCUUUUGAGAUAUUUUCUACUCUUAUGCCCUUUAUAUUUCCUCUUCAAACUGACACAAGUGAAGGAUUUCAUCAAAUCAUGAGUUCAAAACUUAAGACUUUUCUUCCUAUUCUUCAGGUGCUUCAUGUACCAGAAGAUUUCAUCACUUCAAAUUUUAGAAGUGACAAGGAGCCUAUGUCGGAUCAAGUUUUACUUGAGAUGAAUUUUUCUAUUAUUUCUUCUAUUAAAGAAUAUAUUACUCUAUUAGAUAGUUCUUCAAAAUCCCUUUUUCUAAUAUUUUUGAUGCAAAAAAGUGAAGAUAAAGCGAACAAUUCAAUUGGUUUCAUUUUUACAUUGACUGUUGGGUAUGCACUUGUUUCUGAUGAUGAAUUAGAGCAAAAAUUUGUUUGGAUUGAACAUUUGCUAACGUUCUUUAAAUCAUUAACAACUCAUAAGAUAUUGGAUGAAGAAUUUUCUGAAAGUAUUGAUGAAGAAACGCUCUCUGAGAAAUAUGUUGAAGCACUUCAAAAAGGAUAUUUUCCUAGUUUAGCUGUUUAUUAUACAUUCUACAAGAUAAUAAUAGAAGUGAAAUUAGAUUUCAGUUUAUCUAAUAAUUUAUGGCUACCUAAGGAAAAUAAUUCUCGAUUUACUUCAGUUUCAAUUUUGACAUUAAUGUAUGAAUUUUGUAUUAACCAAAUUAUUAGUUGUAAAUUAUCUGUACAGAGUUUCAAGCUAUUACUUACAGUCUUAUUACAAACCAGGUUUGAAUCAAUUCAUCAUUUGUUUUGCUUUUUAUCACAUUUGUGGUCAAAUCCUUUUGAUGUUAUUCCCUGUAAUCUCCAAACAGCUGCACUGAAAACUGCCAUAGAAUCCUGUAAAGAUGUUACUACAUUAGAUUGGUUUUUUCAUAAUGGUCAAAUGUUUAUUUGUUUACUGAAGGCUAUAGCUUCACCUGAUACAGAAGUUUGUAAAACUGGCUUAGAAUUGUUAUCAUCAUUAUUGCACCAAGCAGAGAAAUCAAAUACUGCUUUUGAAGUUUUGGCAGAAUAUAUUAAUGAAAGCUGUGAAGAAAUUUCUUUAGAUAAUGAUCAAUGUUAUUUUAUUGUUAAUAAGUGGUUGAAUCCUGCUGCAGAAGUUUAUAGUUUACAAAAUUCAACCUGUGUAUCUGAAUUCAAAAGUCAGCAUUCUGUCUUGGAAGAAUUUAUUAAAAUCUUAUCAGAUAAAAAUUCACCUAAUUCAAUUAAAUUAACUAUUUUGUUAUGUUUGCAUGGAACUGAAAGUGCUGGUCUUUUAUCAGCAUAUAUUCCUUUAUUAAAUGAAUAUCUCUUUUAUUUUAUUGAAAGAAAAUCUUCAAGUGAUCAACUGUACAUAAGUGUCUUGGAAUUGUUGAUUCAGAAAUUCUCAUCCAUAACUGCUGUUUGUCUGAAGGACAACUGUAUAGAAACUGAAACUUUUUUUAAAUGUGUGCAACUUAUUAAAUUUGAUAAUACAGAGAGUAGGUCUCUACAAACUUUAAUUUUAAAGUGCUUAACAAGAGAAUUCUUUAUAGCAAUUCCAUCUAUUACAGUUCAAAAGAAAUUGCUUGAUACCCUUUUGGAUUUUUAUUUGAAUUCAUCAUCAAAUGUUGGUGUCAAACUGAAAAAAGUUCUAGAAAAAUUAUCUACUUUUGCUUAUAUGAUCAUUAAAGAAUUCCAAGACAAAGAAACUUCACUAAAACAAACUACUUUAAAAGAUUUGAAGAAGUUAAAAUUUAAAGAGGACAAUUCAAAUUUGGUUGAAGGCAAGACUUGGAAAAAAAUAACUGUUUUAUUAGAAAUCAUACAAAGCAAAUCAAAAUUAGACAAAAGGGAACUUUUAAUCCCUGAGCUUUUCAAUCUUUUGAACAAAACCUUGAGUUUUGAUUCUCGGUCUCCUGUAGAAUAUGUAAAACAAUUGAUUCUAUCUACUAUACAUAAUUGCUGUCAGAAUUUGGGUAGCAAUAGAUUAGAUGAAAGACAAUUCAAAGUUGAAUUGAUUGUCCAAUGUAUUAGAUCUUCAACAAAUCCUAAAACACAUCACCAGUCAUUACUUCUGCUGAAUUUAGCUGCAACUAUGUUUCCUGAAUAUGUGCUUAGUAAUGUUAUGUCAAUUUUUACUUUUAUGGGAUCUAGCCUUGUACGUCAAGAUGAUAGUUACAGUUUUCAAGUUAUUUCACAGACUAUUGAGACAAUUGUUCCAUCUUUGCUUGCUGCUAGCAGUUUCCAGAAAGAAAAUGAUGCAAUGCAAAUUGUUGCUUCUGUUAUUCGUGUGUUUGUGGACUCCCUUUCUGAUAUUCCUCAACAUCGACAGUUGCCUCUCUUCCAUAAAUUAAUAAUCACACUUGAACCUUCACAAUACCUGUGGAUACCUUUAGCUCAGAUAUGUGAUCAGUAUGCUACUGUAUUUCACAGUAUGUUAUCAAGUGAUGAAAGUGAAUGGAAAAAUGCCCCUACUUUGGAAUUUGCUAUAAACUUACUCAAAUUAUUUACUCCAUCCGUUCAAAUUGAUACUUGCAUCAAUUUAUUAAAUUUCUUGUCAAUGCUGCCUGAUCAUAAGGAACAAUCUGCAUUAGAACAGGAAGUAUCAUAUAAUUUUACUGAACCUUUCAAUGUGUCAGCUCAUUCAGAUCAGCAAUUACAAAUGUAUAAAUGUAAUGUCUUAUCGUGUAUCAACAUAUGGCUUUCAUCACAAGUUUUUGUUAGUCAGGUAUCAGAAUUAGAUACAAAAGCGUUGUUCAGCUUAGAAGAAAAGUAUGAAGAAUUGUUAGAAAAAUCUUUAAACUAUUUACAACAUCAAAGAAAUGCAAAGCAUCUGGACACAGAUAAAAGUAAGAAUGCCUACAGCUUAUUUCCAUUGCUGUUUGAUUUGGUUGGACAUAUAAAUGCUUUGCUUCCUGGUAGUUUAUUUAUUCGAGUUGUUCGACGUUUACUGAAAAACCCUGAAGCAGCCAUCCAAAAAAGGGCUAUUGAAUUGCUGAACAUUAAAUUAGAACAGCAGCAAUAUAUUUUCACAGAAGAAAACCAUAAGCCUUUGUUAAAACUUUUAAAUCCUCUGUUAAAGGUUGUGCAAAAAAAAGACUUGGCUUCUAUGGAAGAAAAUUCUAUACUGAACCAACAAACAGCUUUGUAUGCUUUACAUUUGCUAACAAAAGUUAUUGGUGCUAAAUAUCCUUCUAAAUUCCAUAAAGUGUUAAAUGUGACAAUACAGAUUUUGAAAGAUAAUGAAAAUGAAGCAUUGACUGUAAAUGCCCUUCUUUGUCUUGCCCAAUUAUGCAGUUCAUUAAAUAUUGAUGUGUUACCUCAAUUAAAUACUUUCAUGCCUAUAGUUAUUGGAUUUUUGUCUGAUUACCAAACUCUGUCUUUGAAUGACUGCCUAAUUUUGGGAAUUGUUACAGCUUUGUUUAACAUUGUGGAAAAUCUUGGUGUGUUUUUAAGUUGUUAUAUGCAGUCCAUUGUUACUGGUAUUUGCAUGCUUUCUUCAAAAUAUAUCCAAUUUAAUAAAAAAGUGCUCCAUGAAAAACUUCUAGCUUUUCAGACAGUUUUGGCCAAAGAUGUUGAUUUAAGAAUUUUAUUGACAGCUAUUGAUGGUAGUUACUCAAGCGUAAAAACAUUGGAUCAUGAUGCUAUUGUUCCAUUAAUGACCAUAUUAGAGGGUAAAUUGAAUAAUUGUUCUUAUACCGAUGUUGAAACAUAUUCUUCUCAAAUAGAACAGUUUUGUAUCGAGUUGCUUGAUUUUCGUAAUUCUUCAGAUUUAAAUGAACCUGUUUCUCCUAUUGAAUCGAGUAUAAUUUCUGUUGUGAAAACUUUUGUGAUGAAAUUGCCUGUAUCUAAUUUUUACAAUUUCUUCCAAAAGUUAUAUCAUUGGGCCACAGCCACUAUACCAAAAUUGAAACUCAGACGUUUCACAUUCUAUAAUCUAACAUGCCAUUUAUCAAAGAGCUUGAAAAGUUUAUUCCUGAUACCAGCUAAAACUUUCCUGAAACAUGCUGCUUCAGAUUUAGAUUCAAACAAUGUAUCUAAAACCAAAACUAUUGACUUUGCUGAUAAUUCUGGUAUGUUAUAUCAGUAUCUUAAUAAUAUUUUAGAAACUCUAAACACUUGUUUCCUUCAUGAUGAUAAUAAACUUGUAGAUAAAGAUAACUUUGAUUUCUUAAUGCAACCAUUGGUUGACCAAUUGGAGAAUUUAACGAGUGCUGAUGAAAAAUCUUACCAAAAGAGGAUUAGUAACUAUUUAUCUAGUUGCAUUGCUCGAUUUAUGGCCACUGUAUCUGAUAACACAUUAUGGAAGAAACUAAACUAUCAAAUUUUAUUGAAAACAAGACAUGAUUCUCCAGUAGUAAGAUUUGCUACUAUCCAAGUGAUUCGAGAGGUUGUUACUGUAAUGGGAGAUAACUAUCUUGUUUUAUUGCCUGAAUCCAUACCAUUCUUAGCAGAAAUUAUGGAAGAUGAAAGUACUGAAGUUGAACAAGAAUGUAAUUCUGUAAUUACAGAAAUGGAAAAAAUUUUAGGUGAACCCAUUAGAAAAUAUUUCUAGAACUGAAUUGCAAUUUUAAUAUAUAUAUUUUUUUAUGUAAACUCAGCAAUAGUAAAAUUUAAUCUCUUAAAAAGUGAUAAUCUCCCCCUUCCCCCAGAAAAGUUACAUUUUAUGCCAACAUUUUUGUUGAGUAAAUGCUAUCACUAAAAAAGAAAGAAAAAUAUAGAAUUUCUUCUAUUAAUCAUAUUCAUUAUUUUUUUAUAAUUUCAGAAAUUUUACUAUUUCUGUAUUGCAUGAAAAAGAUAUUGUUUAUUUUACAUUUGUAAUUAUUGAUUAGUACUAAUUUUUGAAUUUUUUUAAAUUAUGAAUUUGACAUGAAACUUGCCUUUAAACAAUACUAUUCAUUUCUUUAUUUAACAAAAUUCUUUGUUUCAUUUAACAAAAUUAAGUUUUAAAAAUCAUUUAUUAAAUUUAAAAUCUGCAUAUUCUUCUGUCAUUUUUUGUUUGGUUUAAUUUAUGUUGCAAGUGAGAGCAAAUUGUGGAUGUGUAUUUAAUUAUUGGUAAAUUUGUUAUUUCAUAUUUAGUUAUUUGCCAGUUUUGAAAUGCGAAACUUUUUUAUAUACAAAAUUAAGAAUUUAAUAGUGGAUGCAGAGCACCUGUUUCAGAAAUUACAAGUAAUUUCAUUUACAAGUCUCUGAAUAUAACAGAAAAAUUGAUCAUUCUUCUUAGACUUUCUUUUUAAAUUAGUUGUGCUAUCUUGAAAUAAUAAAACUUUUGCAUUUUGCCUAAUAUUUAGAAACCUAUUUUGCUAAACAGUUUUAAAAUGUUUCAUUUCUUUUAAAUUGAUUCUUUCUCUUUACUCGCAUUUAACCAUAGGAGCCCCAUUUGCCUGAUGUUGUCAAGUAUUUUGGGGCAGUUAAAUGAGUUUAAGAGGUGAAAGGUAUUUCUCCAUGAGUGCUUAUUUAAUUGUCUCAAAGCACCUAAGUCAGGCCCCUAUCAAAUGUUGCAGUCAGGGCUCAUAGGGUUAAAUGUUAUAUUAAAGAAAUGUUAUAAUUUGUUACUAAUUUAAUGAUUCUUCAUAAGUUGUUUUCUCAAUGUUAUUUUAUUCCUGAAAUAUCAGCAAUUCUUAUUUAUGUUAAUUUUCAAGGUUUUUUUUAUUCUUAUUGGUAAACAAUUUUUUAUAUAUAUACA